AAGAAAAUAUGCCAGUUUCAGCGGUAGAGUUGCUCUUUGAACUGAACGAAAAACGGCCUCAAUAUCCAAGCUGCACAAACAGGGCCUCGAACAGUUGGCAUUGGUGGUACAUGGGAUAACCGCCGCAGCGACGAUCCCCUGCCUCCAUUGCUCUCUCGCUGCACUCCGCGACUGCCCCUCGGCCCCUCCCACCACCGCGCCAUGGACAGAGGCAAGAGCACCGGCACUGCUGCUACUACCUCUGAAGCCCUGUGGGUGUCGGCCAAGGAGCUCUUCGGCAUCGAGUCAGACAGCGACGAGGCGCGGCGCCCUGCGACGUCGAAGGGCCCCGCCCCCGCGCGCAGCGUGAAUGAGGGUGCCAGCUCCUCGGGCACCGGUACCGGCGCCGUCGGCGCGUCGUCAAGCAGUGCGCCCGCGGAGACGCAGGAGGUCACGCCCUUCGAAGACGGGCAGUACGUGCGCCUCCUCAACCGCGGCCGCGGCGGGUACCUCUUCGCCAACGAGAGCGGGCGGGGCGUCUCCAUCGACCACCGCCGCCACGUGGUCAACACGGCGUGGGCCGUGCAGGUCCUCGCCGCGCGCGUCCUCCUCCGCGGCGCUUACGGCCGGUACCUCUCCGCCACGCGCAGACGAGCGCGAUCCGGGCACAUCGGCGGCUACGUCACGCAGCGCAUCGUCGAGUUUGCGAACGACCACCACAUCGAAUGGGCGGUCAGCAGGGGGAAGCGCGGCAGCGUCGUGCUCCUCCAUGCCUUGGAGGGCGUCCCGUGUGCGCUCCGGGCGAACGGGCGGUACCGGCGGUGGAACAAGGACGUCACCUAUGGGGGCGUCAGCUUAAACAGCAUCAGCUCCAUGCAGGAGUGGGAGGUACAGGCCAUCCCCAUGACAGCGGAGAGGCCACCGUACCAGCUGCGGCCACCAAACGCUGCAAUCCGCUGGCCCGAGGGCUGUCGUGAGUUGGUCUCUGUCACUUUCAGUCGUGCUUGGUUCGAUGACAAUGGACGCGUCGAACACGGGCAAUGGAUGCAAAUGUGGUUGAAUGGGAGAAGUCUGACAGAGCUGGGAAACGUGAUAGCAAAUGUGGUUGCAAAUGUGACAGAGCUGGGAAACGUGACAGAGCUGGGAACACGGGCAAUGGAUGCAAAUGUGGUUGAAUCGGGUGCCCAGUUCGAGAACAUGACCCUGUAUGUUCAGGCUGGCGACCUUGGCCGGCCCAUCCCUCUGCUCACUGACCUGCCUCUAACAGAUGAUCCGAUCAUCAUAUUGGCGUUCACGGUCGAUUCACCAGGGUACAAUGCGCUCCGGUUUCCAGAUCUUGCCGCUGAGUAAAAAGGGAAGGAUAGGAUCAAACAGCAAUUCUUCACCCGGACAGAAAUGCCAAUGCCUCUACAGGUUUACAGCAAAUCGAACAGUUCAGAGAACGCCUGCUGUUUCUGCUAAAACCGUCACUUCUGUUCCAAAAGGACAAAAACGGUUGCACUAAUGUACUCUCUUCCCUCCAAACACUAGGAGAUACUCCGUAUGUCUUUUUGUUGCGGUGUUGCACUAUCUUCUGUGAUAGUGUUAUCUUACGAUAUGAUAGUUCAAAUAAAGGUCAAUAUAAUCGUUGAGGGAGCAUAGAAGUUACCACAA